CGGCUCGCCAACCUCCGCCCCCCUCGCUCAUGGGAGUGGCGGCGGAGAUGGAAACGGCAUUUAAGCCUCGCACCCCAACUGGUUCCGCCGCUCUCCCAGCAUCCGUCGCGCCUCCGCGAUCCAGGCCAGCAAGCUCGACCGGUGCCUUCCUUGACUUUCCUUCUGCCCUGCUGCUGCCGCCAUUGCAAUGGCGGGUCUCCCCAAGCCUCUGUCCGGGCGGGUCUGCGUGGUGACCGGCGCCUCGCGGGGCAUCGGCAAAGGCAUCGCGCUGCAGCUGUCGGAGGCGGGCGCCACCGUGUACAUCACGGCGCGGCAUCGGGAAGCUCUGGAGCUGGCGGCGGCCGAGGUGCAAGGCCGCGGCGGGAAAUGCGUGCCGGUGGUGUGCGACUCUUCCCGGGAAGAAGAAGUGGCGGCCCUGUUCGAGCGCGUCCGCCAGGAACAGGCCGGCCGCUUGGACGUCUUGGUCAACAACGCCUUCUCGGGGGUGAAUGCCAUCACCGAAGAGAUCGGGUUGCCCUUCUGGGAGAGCUCAACCUCCCUCUGGGACCAGGUCAACAACGCAGGCCUGAGGGGCCACUACAUCUGCGCGGUCUACGCUGCCCAACUCAUGGUACCCGCCGGGCAAGGGCUCAUCGUCAUCAUCUCCUCGCCUGGGGGGCUGCGAUACAUGUUCGACGUGCCCUACGGCGUGGGCAAGGCCGCCUGUGACCGCCUGGCCAUGGACUGUGCCGUCGAAUUACGUCCCUUCGGCGUGGCCUGCGUGGCACUGUGGCCCGGCCUCGUUAGCACUGAAAAAGUGAAAGAGCAAGCAGGGAAGGACUCCACCGCAGCAAUAUUCAAGGACCUAAAGAAGAGACUCGACCUUAUGGCAGAGACCCCCGAAGUGAGCGGGAAGUGUGUAGUUGGCCUGGCCUCUGACCCCCAUGUCAUGCGUCACAGUGGUAAGGUUCUCCUCUCUCCAGACCUUGCCCACCUUUAUCAAUUCAAGGAUGUGGAUGGGAGAGAUGUCUUCAACUAUACUUCGGUUCGGGACAUCCUUACAGAAAUGAUGCCCAAGCUGUCUGGCCUUUUCCGCCUCAUUCCUCGGUUCAUCACUUUACCUAAGUGGGUUCUUACCCUGUAUUCUAGCAAGUUCAGUGUUUACCCACCCCUUAUGCCAGGAAAUGUUAAAUCAACUAAAAAAAGCUAAUAUAUUACAGUACAGGGUUAUGGGGAUGUCUUACAGUAGCGUUUUCUGAUUGUUCAAAAUUUCAUUUUGACAUUUUCCUGACAACUGGAUUGUGUGUUUUUUUUAAAAAAAAAAUGCUGUGAGGGAAUUUCUAAGUUUGAAAAUAAUUUUCAGGAUCUGUUUUGGACCUUUCCUCAGAAACUAAGGGUUUAUUGUAAGCAUGAUUUCUCGCCUUAGGAGUUUAACUCCUCUUUCUGCAGUAUCUCCUUUCUUUGUAUUUGCCAGAAAGUAGCCUUUAAAAGUUUUCUCAUAAUUAUUCAAUUAUUAGCCCAAAUCCUUGGGUGUAUGAUGUAUCUCAGAUAUGACAGAACUAGCUGCUACAAACUAUGCUACUAUUAAAUAUAUUUGCUUUGA